AUGAGCGAAAAAGAAAAGCCAAAAAAAGAAAUUCCGACAGUAGAAGAAAUACUGGCGAAAGUUAGAAAGGAAGAAAAUUAUUCUAGCAAUAAUAAUCUUUACCCUCGGUUGAUGGAAUUAGCCUUGGCUCGGCAUAUGGAGAAGGCUAAUAAGAAAGAAUGCCAGCCUGAUAAGUGUCAGG